CUAUUGUUGUCAUUGUAGUACAGUGACUUUCUUUGGUGUUCUCGCUCGUUGAGAUUUCAUUUCGGUCUCCCUGAUCAAAAUCUUCUUCCAGUUUUUGGCGAAGCAUCGUCUCGUCUUUCUUCAAUAGCUCGAGCGGCGGGGAAAUCUCAUCAUGGGUCUCGUAUGCUCCACAGCUCAGCUUGCGUGCUUGUGCGGAAGCACAGCUUGCAGUUUCUGUUGUUCUCAAUGUCCCUCGUGCAGGAACAGCACAAGCACUCGCAUUAUGUAUGCGUUGCUUUUAUUGCUGGGAACUAUUGCAGCCUGCAUUACUCUGGCUCCAGGACUUCAGAAUGUUCUUAAAAAGGUUCCAUUCUGCGCAAAUAGUUCGAGUUAUGUUCCAUCAGACUUUACUCUCGACUGCGAGUCUGCAGUUGGUUAUUUAGCAGUCUAUAGAAUAUGUUUCAUUCUUUCUCUGUAUUUCUUCUUGAUGUCUGUAAUAAUGGUCAGAGUGAAAAGUUCACAAGAUCCACGAGCACCAAUACAAAAUGGAUUUUGGGCAAUCAAGUAUCUUUUGAUAAUUGGAGGAAUCAUUGGCGCUUUCUUUAUCCCAGAAAAUUCAUUUGGAUCUACUUGGAUGUAUUUUGGGAUGUUAGGAGGUUUUCUCUUUAUAAUUAUUCAGUUGAUUCUGAUUGUUGAUUUUGCUCAUUCUUGGUCUGAUGCAUGGGUAGCAAAUUAUGAGGAGACUGAAUCAAAAGGAUGGUAUGCUGCACUAUUAGGUGCAUCUUUCUUCAAUUAUGCUGUUUCUAUUACUGGAGUGGUGUUACUUUAUAUAUAUUAUACUCAUGAAAAUACAUGUGCUCUUAACAAAUUUUUCAUUUCAUUUAAUUUGAUUCUGUGUGUCAUUAUUAGUAUCAUAUCAAUAUUACCGACUGUACAAGAAUAUCAACCGCGAUCAGGGCUUCUUCAGUCUUCUGUGUUAACAUUAUAUGUGGUAUACUUAACAUGGAGUGGUAUAUCAAACAGUCCAGAUCGUCAGUGCAAUCCUGGUUUUCUAUUCUCUAAUAAUGCACAAAAUCGUGUCACAUUUGACAAGGAAAGUAUUAUUGGACUUAUAAUCUGGUUUAGCUGCGUUUUAUACAGUUCCUUACGUACAGCAUCUAAAUCAUCAAAGAUUACAAUGUCCGAGAAUGUGCUCGUUCAGGAUAAUGGAGCUGUUAGGAAUGCAGGAGAGCAGUCUCUUAUUGGUGGUGAAGAUUAUACUACAGUAGAAGGACGCAAUGCCGAUGCAGAAGGUGGGAAUGAUACCAAAGUUUGGGAUAAUGAAGAAGAAAAAGUGGCAUAUAACUGGAGUUUCUUUCAUCUCAUGUUUGCUCUCGCUACUUUGUACGUUAUGAUGACACUUACAAAUUGGUAUAAACCAAACUCCAGUCUGGAUACCUUAAAUGCGAACGCUGCUUCGAUGUGGGUGAAGAUUAUUUCUUCAUGGAUGUGUUUGGCUCUUUAUGUAUGGUCGUUGAUAGCACCUGCAGUUUUCCCGAAUAGAGAUUUCUCUUAAGUUUCUGGACUUAUCGGAAGGAAAAUCCAACAGCCUGUGAAACAGCUAAAACACACACAGCCUCAAUUUAGAGCUUUCUUGUAAUAUCAUCUGCCUAUUGCAAAACGUAUACAUAACAACAUGUAUAAAAGAAGUUAAUUACAACUGAUUUCAUGAUUGAGUACUAUUAAGAGUAUAUGAACAGAUAAUUGUCAUAUGACUUUUGUGUUCUAUGAUAUAUAAAAAAAUAUUCCUGGAAACAAUUUUUUGUAAAACAUUUAUAUAACUAUAAAUGUGUAUAUCAAUGAAUUGCAUUUUUUUGUUUCGAUUUAAUUCAAAAUACUAUUUUCUUUCGUACGUUUAUGUGUUUAAAUUUUUGAUAAAUGAAACACACACACACACACACACAUAUAUAUAUAUAUACAUAUAUAUUCUUCUAUGUAAAUAUACUUAAUAUUUAUAUCGUAUAGUUAUAUCGUAAUAUAAUUAUUAUGGAUUACUAUAAAACUUUAUAAGUUUACUUUAAUGUUGCAAAUAUGUUUUUGAUUUAUUUGAUAAGAUGUGUUGCAACAAUUAUAUACAAACAUUAUGUAUUUUAUGUUUGGCAAGAUUAAAAUAUUUUUCAGCGAUGUUUGGAACAUAUAUAACAGAUUUUAAUUUAAGUUUUACUUCUGCAUCUGUAUGUAUAAUAUUAUAACAUAAUCUAAACAGUUUUUUUAUUUUUACUAUGCUCUUCUGUAUGUAAUAAUCAAGGAUUGUAUUCAAGAAAUUAUGUGUAAACUGUAUUUCUCGAACAAUAUAUGUAAGACAUAGAAGUAAAGAACAAGACAA